AUAUUACAUUGAAAUACAAAAUUUAGUGCACGGCAGGUAUUUUUGUUGUAAAUAGUUUUGUGCAAAUUUAAAUAAUUAAACUAAAGAUGGGAGUAACUGGUCUGUGGCAACUUCUUGACAACUGCGGCAAGCCAGUGCCCGUUGAAUCACUUGAAGGAAAAAUAUUAGCCAUAGAUAUAUCCAUUUGGUUGCAUCAAGUAACGAAGGGCUUUCAAGAUAGCACAGGUGCUGCUCGGCAAGAUGCUCACGUGCUAGGUUUGUUUAGUAGAAUAUGCAAAUUACUGAAUUAUCGCAUACGACCGGUGUUUGUAUUCGAUGGCCGCGUGCCGGUAUUAAAACUGGACACAAUCAAACGUCGCCAGAAAAAUCGUAGUAAAUUAAAUCAGGACGCUAAUAAAAUAGAGCGUUUAAUGCUUCAAAAUUUAGCUAAAGAAAAUAUUGUGAAACAACAUUUAGGAGAACAAGUAAUUAGUUUGUUACAAAAAUCGCCCAUUAAGCAAUCAAGACGUAAGGAAGAAGAGGACAUCUUCAAACUACCCGAACUACCUAGUAAUAAUGGAAAUAAUAGUUUAGAAAGUAACGAGUACGAUGAGAGUAGUUUUGAAGACACAUCGAAUGAUUUUCUCAGCACUUCAAUGGAUAGUAGCAGCACAGACGAGUCUAGUUUGCGUUAUAGCUAUAAAAAUAAUUUAGAACAAAUAGACAUUGAAAAUGAACAUUUCAAAAGUUUACCAGCUGACACGCGCUACGAGCUCUUAACUGAAAUAAAAGAAACCCAUAAACAAUCUUCAUGGGGACGUAUACAUGAGCUGCCGUCGAAAGGUGACGAUUUCAGCAGUUUACAAAUGAAGCGUUUACUAAAAAAAUUUCAGGUACAAAAAAGCAUGAAAGAGGCACAAGAAGAAAUGGGUGGCAAAACCAUAAAUAUGUCAGAUAUAGAAAACAUCUUUAUAGAAUCAGGUGUUAUUCAGCCAAGUGAUGCCUUAGCUAAGUCUGCCACCAUAUCAUCAGAUGAACAUACUCGUUUUUGGUUAGUACGUGAUUUGAAACGUAAAUCAGAAAUGGAAAAUUUAAAGAAAAACAUUAAAUUAUCCGAUAAACAAAAAAUAACACCUCAAACUGAAACUACUUCAGAACUUGCAAUUGAAAAAGAAAUAAAAGAUACAGCAGAUGUUAAGCAAAUUGUGGAAGUUGAAGAUGUUGCAGAUGUUAAGCAAAUUGAUAAAAAUGAGAAAGAUAUUGAAGAUUAUAAACAAGGUUUUAAAAAAGCAAUAAAACAGAUUACAGGUACUGAACAGGAACAAAUUGAUUUCGAACUUGCAAUAGCACUUUCUUUGGAAGAUCUUGAAAGUCGGGAAAAAACGAAAAGUGAGCCACUACGCUUAAAUGCAAUACAACGAAAACAUUUAAAAGAUACUGCGGUUGGGCCAGCACGAGCUUAUAUGAUUGAAUACGGGCAUGUAAAUAUGGAGGAGGUGGAACAUAUAAUGGAUAGUACACAAAUUUCAAUGAAUUUCGAAAGCAACGUAAAAGAAGAUAAAUGUGACUCUACAGUAAACAUUAUUGACUCUGAUGAUGACGAUUUAAUUGAAGUUCCCUCCAAUGAAGGUGCUGAAAAUCUUUUGCCACUGUUGCAACAAAAAAAUAUAAACGAAAAUAUAGAAAAACCUGACUGUUUAGUUGUGGAAUCAUCAUCAUCUGAUGAUAGCGAUUUUGAAGAAGUACCGGAUAUUAGUUCAACACAAGCAACAGAAAAAAUUAGGUAUGAUGAUACGGCAACGACGACAAUAAAUCCUCAUCUACAGAUGAAAAGUGAAUUAAGUAAAUUUCAAAAAGCACUAGAGGACAGAAUAACUACAACACCGAAAAAACCUAACACAAGUGCCCAGGAUACUAAAAAUGCCUCUGAAUCGCCUGCAAUAGAGAUUUCAGAUGAUGAAAAUAAAAAUGAAUGUAAAAUUAAAGAAACUUUAGUCCAAAUGCAAAAGACUAUAUCAUUAGAACCAACAAUGAGAUCGAACAUGGAUAUAGCGUGUGAUGUCAAAACUGAUAAUCAUAUAACAAGUCCUCUUUCAUCAAUAGCAGAAGAACAAGAUAUUGAAAAUACUGCCGAGUUACUUACUAAUAGUAAUUUUAAUACAAAACCAGUCGCAAAUGAAAUAAAACCAAACGUGAAUGAAGUCGACGAGGUUUCGGAAAAAAAUAUAAAGGAUUUGGAAAUCAUAAACGAGCAUGUAAGUGUUGAUUCAUCCAAUGCUUUCGAAAAAAUCGAAAAAAACAACGAUGAUAUUAAUGGGUCACUAAAAACUCCAGACCACAUAUGUAAACCACUAAAGGAGGCGUCUGAAACAGAUGCAAAAGUUGAGCAUAUAACAGAAAAUACCUUUCAACUGCAGGACAUUGAUAUAAGUGAACAAUUACAACAACUACAUGACAUACAAGAGCAACGCAAGGAGUUUGAGUUGCAAAGGAACCGCAAAGAGCGUAUGGGCAUGACAAUAUCGCAGCGAAUGAUAAGUGACUGUCAGGAACUGUUGCGUUUAUUUGGUAUACCUUAUAUUGUAGCACCAAUGGAAGCAGAAGCGCAGUGCGCUUUCUUAGAUGAACACCAUAUAACCCAUGGUACUAUCACUGACGACAGUGAUAUUUGGCUAUUUGGUGGACGUACAGUCUAUAAAAAUUUCUUCGAUAAUAAGAAACAUGUGUAUGAAUUUAAAGCCGAAGAAAUUAUAAACUUUUAUCACUGCGAUAGAAAAAAACUUGUGCAAUUAGCAUGCCUUGUUGGGAGCGACUAUACUUUAGGCAUUCACGGUAUUGGAACAACAUUAGGUUUAGAAAUUUUAUCAGAAUUUUCGUUAAAAGGCGAAUACGCUGAAAAUAAUAGAAUCAACAUUAUGAAAACUUUAAAAUCUUUGCAAGAAUUUCAAGAAUGGGCUUUAUUACAUCAAAAUUCAGCAACCAUAUCACCUGGUACUUUAACACGUGUCUCGCUGAAAAAGAAAUUAGAAAAAAUACAAAUACCUGAAGGUUUCCCAAGUUUAGCAGUGAUUGAAGCAUAUUUAUCACCCAAAGUAGAUGAAAUUAAAGAUGCCUUCAAAUGGGGUCAACCGGACUUGGAUGGAAUUAUUGGAUUUACCCGUAAAAAAAUGAGCUGGACAAGAGAAAAGACAGAAACUAUUUUGAAACCCGUAUUGAAUAAAUUAAACCAAAAAACGACACAGAAGUCUAUACGAAAUUAUUUUGCUGCCAAAAAGUUUGUACGUGCUCAGGAGCUACAAGUUAGCAAACGUGUACAAAAUGCGAUCAGAAACAUGGUUAAUGCCGGAGAACAAGACAUUGUGGUCGAGGAUAUAGCCAAGCGUAACAGAAAAAAGAAAACUAGUAGAAAUAAACCAUUAACUGAUCAAGAUGCUUCAUCACAUGAUGACACAAUUGCUGAAGAUGACAUUUCAACGAAAAAGGCUUUGACUACAAACCAAAAACAAGUGUCCAAAAAUAAUAGCCGAAAUAAAAAAAAUAAGAGUAAUUUGGAUGAUGGUGUGAAAAAACCGAAAAAUACAGCUGCUGGAGUUCGUUCUAAAAAAGAGACUAAAAAUACAACUUCCGCAACACAUAUCGAAAAACCAGCAGUUUCCAAUAUUAAAGAUAAUGACGUAAUAGAGCAGAUUGAAACUAAAGCAACAAGAGAAAGUUUAGAUAAUACUCGGAGUAGCAAGAGAAUGGUGGCACAAGCAAACAUUUGUAAAGAGUCUAUCCAUAAUCAUAAACCACUACGCAAGCGUACAAAUAUUACGACGAAUACAAAGAGUGUUGAAGAAUCUUUACAAAUCGAGGAGCCAACAAUAAGCAAACGUGCAAAAGGUCCCAAUGUUAUCGGUUCAGAUAAAUCGGAUGCAAAUAGCUUAGAAUCCAAAGGUGCUGCAAUGUUUCUUAAGAAUACCACAAAGACUGAGGUUAUACCACAACGUGAGAAACAAAAAAAUCUCAUGGAUAAGAACAAAGAAAAGGCAGUUGAACUAUUUAAGAAACUUAAAGACAACAAUGCUGUUAAGAAGUAAAUCAAAAAACCAAAAGCUUUAUUCUAAGACUAACCUCUCCUGCCCUACUUACACAGUACAAAUUUUCUGUAUAUUUUAAAUAGAACUUUUAAAGUUAUUUAAUCAUAUACAUAACAUAGAUAUUAUGCUAACAUUAUAAAUUAUAUUAAUUUUAGUUAAUAAAUAUUUAGCUCAU